GGGGCGGAAGCGCGGCCCGGCCCGGCCCGGCCCCGGCGGAGCGAGGCGGCGAUGGCGGCGGCGCCGGAGCUGCGGGAGGCGUUGGAGCAGCGGCUGCGGGACUUGGGCAUCGCCACGGUCACCGCCGAGCACCCCGAGGUGUUCACUGUUGAAGAAAUGAUGCCUCAUGUCCAACACAUGAAAGGAGGUCACAGUAAAAACCUCUUCCUUAAGGACAAAAAGAAGAAAGGCUUCUGGCUGGUGACUCUCCUGCACGACAGGCAGAUCAGUUUAACUGACCUCGCAAGAAAACUGGGCCUUGGAAGCGGGAACCUGAGGUUUGCUGAUGAAAACUCCAUGCUGGAAAAGCUGAAGGUGGGCCAGGGCUGUGCCACACCGCUGGCGCUCUUCUGUGACCAGGGGGAGGUGAGGCUGGUGCUGGACGCUGCCUUCCUGGAGGGUGGCCACGAGAAGGUGUAUUUCCACCCAAUGACAAACUGUGCAACCAUGGGUUUGAGCCCUGACGACUUCUUGAGGUUUGUGAGAUCAACAGGGCACGAUCCCAUCAUCAUACGUUUUGAUGAGGACACAAAGUAGCUGAAGUUCACUUUUUUAUGGCGAGGCAUAGGUUUUGUAAAAUACAACUGACAAAAGUCUCAUUACAAAUAAAACUGGAAAACCCAGGCUCACUCCUUUUUACUCUUUCAAUUGUGUAAAUUUAUGAUCUGGGGAGAAAAAAUUCAUUGGGUCUUUGGGUCAUUAGACGUUGAACAGGAUAUUCUUAAAAAGACAUGUUUGCAGUCCAUCACUGAGUAACCAGAAAAGGUGUUACUUAAAUAAUGUUACAGUCUUUAUUAACAAAACAGAUAAAACUGGAA